AUCGCAAGAGUCAAGAGAGUCUUGUUGGAGAUCGCUAACAGGCUCGAGAUCAAAGUUGAAGGCAUCGACAUGGAGGAGGAUUUGAACACCAAGUCCUGGAACGGGUCCAAGCUAUGCAUCCUCCUCGGCUCCACGGAGGAUGCUCGACGCAUGAUGAAGGAGCUGCCCUUCUAUCUCGAAGGCGCAGCAACCAAGCUCGAAGCAGUCGGCUUCGACAAGGAGCCUGACUCUGAGGCGGCUGGUCAGCGGGGCACCAGCGACGCAGCGCAGCGACAGGAGGAGAGCGAGGGAGAGUGGCUGGAGUUUACAGACCUGGAGAGGAUCACAAUGGAGGCAGCAUCUCCGUCAAGCCAAGAGGACAUGCAGCUCGUCAGCGAGCUGUCAGCAGUCAUCGAAGAUGCAGCUUCUUUGAACGAGGCGGGGACGAGCGAGCCGAUCAAGCUGGUCCUGGACAAGGCCGUUGGCAACCUCCACGACACCUUCUACUCUCCGGGGAGCCUGGAGUUCAUGUCGCUGGGAGAGUGGGCGAAGAUGCCAGAGGAGCAGGGAGUUGGGCGCAACGUUCUCAAGGAGAAGCUGGGGAAGUGGCUGCAGAGCAAGCGCUGGACUCGCGUGCAAGGAGAGAGCAAGAAGGCAAGGAGGGGCAGCGCGUUCUCGCCACGGGCAACGGCAGCUGCUGAGCUUGAGCAGGAGGCGGAGAGCGACGACAUAGAGCGUCGAUCUCUUAGCUUCCUGUUCAUAGCACUGAGUAAAUUCGCAGAGAUGCAUGUGCUGGCCUGCUUGCUGAAAGUGGACAAGAAGGACCGACUGCGAGUGGAGAUGAGGGAAGAUGACGAAGAAGAGGAAGACAUGGAGGAAGAGCAAGGCGAGGGCGAGGAAGAAGACGGGGCGAGCCCGUACCGAGCUUGAGCUGAGCUCAAGGUAAGGAGAGAAGGAGGAGUAGGUGGCGACCGAAGGCCAAGGUGAGGAGAGGCAACUCUCCUGACUGAGGCUGAGGAAGCUGAAUGGAGGUAGAGUAGGUGGCGACCGAAGGCCAAGGUGAGGAGAGGCAACUCUCCUGACUGAGGCUGAGGAAGCUGAAUGGAGGUAGAGUAGGUGGCGACCGAAGGCCAAGGUGAGGAGAGGCAACUCUCCUGACUGAGGCUGAGCAAGCCAAGAGAAGACAGCAGAAGUAGAGAGUAGAAGGGUUUAGGGUUUAGGAGCGCCGGUUAUUUCAGGCAGCGCCGGUGGCAGCGCCGGUUAUUUCAGGCACCAGGGCAGCGCCGGUUAUUUUCGGCAGCAUGGCUGCACGCGUGGUGUAGGGGAAGCUGCCAGGGCGCCAAGGAAGCUGCAAGCGAGAGGUUUGUAUACUUCAAAUAGCUUUCUA